AUGAGGAAAAAAAGGAAGUUGACAGAGAAGUUGAAACGUUCAGACGACGGCGAAGUACCCGCUGAAGCGACCCCCCGCGAGACUACGACAACAGCUGUGGAGAAGAAACGAUCUAAGCAGUUCAUGGAGGAGGGGGGAAAGGCUCAACGGACCCUUGGGACGGAAGGCGUUGGAGGGUCUACGUCUUUCCCGGAAAUCUCCCAAGGCGUGGAAGAAAGAUCACAAGCGAUUGAGCAGAGAGAAGCAGUAUCGAUGUUCAUUCGUUCAGGGCUACACCCAAAAGCUUCUUUCCAAAUCGGUCUCUCUCAUACUCUUCCGGCUGGAAGUACCCAACAGAGGGGAAAUUUCAGCAGGCAAUAG